UCUCUUCGAAUGAGCAAGGGACAGACGAGAUGCCAAAAACUCGAGCAAGAAUCAUCAUCGGGACUUCUGGAAAGCUUACGUACUGAAUAAAAGAGAAAAGCGAGAAAAAUACAAGCCGGGGAGAAACCACGAAGAGGCAUAAAAGCUGCGUGCUUUUUCUCCUCCAACUUCCAAGAGCGGUGACCAUGCAGCCUUUGAGCUAGUGCACGAUUAUUGUUUCGACUUAUCACCUACUGAGUGAUCAGUUUGAGAAAGGAAGCUAAUAAAAGCGAAAGGAAGAACCAAUAAAGACGGUUGUGGCUGAAAGUAAUGAUCGUGCGAUAUUAAUCUUAGAUCAAGAUUUCUUUUCCUCUUUGCGUUGCUUCUUUUUCACCGUUUUUGGAAUCGCUGGGACAUUUCUCCAAACCUGGAAGUGAAAAAUCCACAUGGUCCAGUCAGUCGCGUGAAAGUUGAGUUCUUCAGAAUUUCCUAACAGGUGCCACGUGAUGAUGGUAGAAUCAGCAACUGAGACCAUUCGGACAACUCCCUCCAAUCAAAAUGGAGUCAGCAGCCUGAGCAGCCAAUCGGACAGCGGCGGGAGAGAGGGCGGGUCUAACGGGGACGCCAAUGGGGAGAUCAGCCCAGUGGAUUUACUGCACCUCCAGCAACAGCAGGCCCUGCAGGCGGCUCGCCAGUUCCUCCUCCAGCAGGCCACAGGACUGAGCUCCCCCAGCAGCAACGAGGUCAAGCAGACACCCGUUCAGGUGCCUGUGUCGGUGGCCAUGAUGACCCCGCAGAUGAUCACCCCUCAGCAGAUGCAGCAGAUCCUGUCCCCCCCUCAGCUCCAGGCUCUGCUCCAACAGCAGCAGGCCCUCAUGCUGCAGCAGCUGCAGGAGUACUACAAGAAGCAGCAGGAGCAGCUGCAUCUCCAGCUCCUCACUCAGCAGCAGCAGCAGCAGCAGCAGCAGGCAGGGAAGCAGGCCAAAGAGCAGCAGCUGGGAGGGAGCAAGCAGCUGGCGUUCCAGCAGCAGUUGAUCCAGAUGCAGCAGCUGCAGCAGCAGCACCUCCUGAACCUGCAGCGUCAGGGCCUGGUGGGGCUUCAGCCAGGCCAGGGGGCGGUGCCCAUGCAGAGCCUGCAGCAAGCCAUGUGUCCGGCCGACCUGCAGCAGCUGUGGAAGGAUGUGGCCGGCGUGCAGAGCCCUGACGAGGCCAUGAAACACGAAGGCCUGGACCUGAGCACCAACAGCUCCAACUCUACCUCAUACUCGGCCUCCAAGGUCUCACCUCAGAUAUCCCAUCACUCUCUGCCAAACGGACAGAACUCUGUUCACACUCCAAAGAGAGACAGAGCAAGACUCUUUGAAUGGAUCUCGUCCUUCUCCAAGGCUGAGCCCGCCGAAGAGCACCUCACGCCUUACUCGAAAGGCGCUUACCUGCAAAACACCCACUCUUCUCACGAGGAGCACACGGGCUCGCACCCCCUCUACGGUCACGGUGAAUGCAAGUGGCCCGGCUGUGAGGCUCUCUGCGAGGACAUGGGCCAGUUCAUCAAGCACCUGAACAGUGAGCACGCCCUGGACGACCGCAGCACGGCCCAGUGCAGGGUCCAGAUGCAGGUGGUGCAGCAGCUGGAGAUCCAGCUGGCCAAGGAGAGCGAGCGCCUGCAGGCCAUGAUGACCCACCUGCACAUGCGUCCAUCUGAGCCAAAGCCUUUCAACCAACCUCUGAACCUGGCCUCCAGCGCCUCCCUGCUGAAGCGGGAGAGCGAGGCGUACCCGGAAGGUUUACCUCACCCCCCGACCUCGGCCGCAGCCCCCAUCACCCCGCUACGCCAGGGCCCCUCCGUCAUAAGCUCCUCCAGCCUGCACGGGGUGGGGCCCAUCCGCCGACGCAACUCUGACAAGUUCUGCACCCCCAUCGCCUCAGAGCUGGCACAGAACUGCGAGUUCUACAAAAACGCUGAUGUCCGACCUCCCUUCACCUACGCCUCGCUCAUACGACAUGCCAUUUUGGAAGCCCCUGACAGACAGUUGACUCUCAACGAGAUCUACAACUGGUUUACGCGCAUGUUCGCCUACUUUAGGAGAAACACAGCAACAUGGAAGAAUGCUGUACGCCAUAACCUGAGUCUGCACAAGUGCUUUGUGCGAGUGGAGAACGUGAAGGGGGCCGUGUGGACUGUGGACGAAGUCGAAUACCAAAAGAGGAGACCACCAAAGAUGACCGGAAGCCCCACUCUGGUGAAGAAUAUGAUUUCUGGGCUGGGCUUCGGAUCCCUCAACGCCAGCUACCAGGCGGCCCUGGCUGAGAGCAGCCUGAACCUGCUAAACAGCCCCACCCUGGUGAACACCUCCCCCGGCGCUAGCCUCAACAUGCUGCACGUGGGUCACGAUGAUGUCAGCAGCACCGUGGAGCAGGUCAACAGCAACGGCAGCUGCAGCCCCGGCCUCUCCCCCCAGCAGUACAGCCACCAGAUCCAUGUGAAGGAGGAACCUACUGAGAUGGAGGAAGACAGCAGACCUGUGUCGCUCAUGGCAACAGUCACCCAGAACCUCGCGUUGCCUGGUGACGAGCGGGAGAUGGAGGAGGAGCUUCCGGCGGAGGAGCUGGAAUAGAGAGGGCGGAGUUCGGCAGCGCGCCUCAUCCCCAUUGGUGUAAAGUAGAACGACCACAAAAAAAGAGAAAUACAAGAGAAAAAAAAGAAACGACACAAAAAGCAAGAAAAACAAAGAAACAACAAAAAAAAACAGGGUUAGACCUCAUCCGCUCACAAACGUCAGUCUGCCACUGCACGUACUUGGGGUGUGCACAUCGAGCAAAAAAAAAACGCUCUUGGAACAUUGAUUUCGUUUGGCUUUUUUU